AUGUCUUGGCGAUUGGCAUUUCAUUCAGCUAAAUUAUUAUUUUCAUAUCUUAUUCCUUAUAAAAUGACAUUAUUUCGUGAUGCAAUCUUGGCUGGAAAUAUACCAAAAAUACGACAAUUAGCUGAUGAAAGACCGAGAUUAUUACAACAAGCAAUUGAUGCCGAUGGCUAUACUGCAUUAGGUUUGGCCGUUCAGUUCGGUGAAUUAGAAGUUGUUAAGACUCUUCUUGAACUUGGCAGUGAUCCAAAUGUUGGAAAUGCAUUUGAUGGCAAUCAUCCACUUGUUUUUUUGGCUAAACUCCGUUCUGAAGAAAAUUCUAAAAUGCCUGAAUUAGCUGAUAUUUUACUUAAUGCUGGCUCAGAUCCAUUAUAUGAAGUACGUUAUCAAGCUGAUACUGUCAAUCGUAUUGAUGUAACACAAACACCAUCAUUUCAUGAAACACCAUUACUUUGUUGUAUUCGUUUUCAAAAUGAAGGUCUUCUUCGAAAAUUAAUUGAUCAUGAAGUUGAUAUAAAUGCACUCAAUCCAGAAUCAGGCACUACUCCAUUAAUGUUAGCUGCAGCACUUGGUUAUAUCAAUAUGUGUAAUAUUUUACUUGAUGCCGGUGCUGAUGUCAAUGCAUGUGAUAAUGCAUGUAAUACAUCAUUACACUUAGCUGUUCAAGGUUUUGGUGAUAAGAUGCCUGUUAUAGAAGCAUUACUUGAACAUGGUGCUGAUGUUAAUGCAACUAAUGACGAUGGUAUUACUCCAGCUAUGCUUGCUGAACAAAUGGAAGAUGAUGCCUCCCUUAAACUACUUCAAUCAAAAACAACUGACCAAAUAAAUCCACCAAAAUAUCAAGAAGUUGAAGAUAAUAACGAAGAACAAACAGAUGAACAAAUGUUUUCAUUUACAUAA